CAAUAUUUCAGUCACCACUUAGUUAUGGUACUGUAUCCUAUGUAAUCAGAAGUCUGGAGCCUUUGACCACCAAUACAUUUUUCACUGAACACCCAAAGAGCUCUAUAGAGAAACCUGUUAACACUUUCAACACCUGUGUCUGAGUUGAACAGCUCCAUGGAUUUGCUGCUCAGAUAUCCAAAUUCAUCCCUUUCCUCAGCGCAAGACACCCACUCUUUCAUUGACAACAGGCAACUCCAUGUCUUCGUCAGGCCAUACGCAAAGCGCAGACAUCAUAAGCUCUCGGUUCACUGUUGCAUUAGCACUAGAGAAUGUCAUGAGACUUCUCUACGGUCGAUCAGUGUACCCCACAACUGGUACAAUAUUGUAGCAGACCUCCCCAAGAAACCUCCACCACCUUUGCACCCAAAGACCCUGAGGCCACUUGUCCCAGAAGAUCUCUCCCCUCUCUUUCCUAAUGCAUUAAUUGAGCAAGAAGUUAGCCAAGAAAAAUUCAUCAAUAUACCAGAUGAAAUACUCGAUGUUUACAGGCUUUGGCGUCCGACCCCACUGAUCAGAGCACGUAGAUUGGAGAAGAAACUUCAAACUCCCGCAAGAAUUUACUACAAGUAUGAAGGGGUCAGCCCAGCUGGUUCACACAAGCCAAACACAGCAGUCCCACAAGCCUGGUACAAUGCACAGGAAGGUGUCAAGAAUGUGGUUACAGAAACUGGUGCCGGCCAAUGGGGCAGUGCACUGGCCUUUGCAAGCAGCUUGUUUGAUCUUAAUUGUGAGGUUUGGCAAGUACGUGCUUCCUAUGAUCAAAAACCAUACCGCAAAUUAAUGAUGCAGACUUGGGGUGCUAAAGUUCACCCAUCUCCAUCUGAAUUGACCAAGGCUGGUCAAGAAAUCCUUCGAAUGGACCCAACAAGUCCAGGUAGCUUAGGUAUCGCAAUAUCAGAAGCAGUGGAGGUGGCUGCAAGAAAUGAAGAUACAAAGUAUUGCUUAGGAAGUGUUCUUAAUCACGUCCUCUUGCACCAGACUAUCAUAGGCGAGGAAUGCAUAAAGCAAAUGGAAGCAAUUGGCGAGACACCGGAUGUGAUCAUAGGCUGCACUGGAGGUGGAUCAAACUUUGCAGGGCUUACAUUUCCAUUCAUUCGUGAGAAGCUUGGUGGACAGAUCAACCCUAUCAUAAGAGCAGUUGAACCAGCUGCAUGUCCAUCUCUCACACAAGGAAUUUACACUUAUGAUUAUGGGGACACGGCAGGGAUGACCCCUUUAAUGAAAAUGCAUACACUUGGCCACGGCUUUAUUCCGGACCCCAUUCAUGCUGGAGGAUUACGCUACCAUGGCAUGGCACCACUAAUAUCUCAUAUUUUUGAACUUGGUUUUAUGGAGGCAUUGGCGAUUCCUCAGGUUGAAUGCUUUCAAGGCGCCAUACAAUUUGCACGAUCAGAAGGUCUUAUACCGGCUCCUGAGCCCACUCAUGCCAUUGCUGCAGCAAUAAGGGAAGCGUUAGCCUGCAAAGAGACUGGAGAGCCAAAGGUUAUCUUAAUUGCUAUGUGUGGGCAUGGACAUUUUGACUUGCCAUCUUAUGAGAAGUAUUUACAGGGAGAAAUGGUCGAUCUCUCUUACUCCGAUGAGAAGGUUCAAGCUGCUUUAGCAGAUAUUCCACAAGUUUGAUUUUGAAAGCACGGUACCCAAAUGGAAAUCUGGACCAUAUGAGGAUUUCAAUCAAUAGCUAUGAACAUUGGCAGAGCAUCGUUUGAUGAUGUUGGCAGUUUCUCAAGAACGAAGCAUGAGUACUCAAACCAAUUUUCUAAUAGCUAUAGUCAUAGAAUUUGAAGCUCUUUGGAGAGAUUAAAACCAGAGUUAUGGUUAUGUUUCCACAGGGAGGCAUUUAUUAGGCUCAUUGAAUUGUUUGAAUUUGUGAUUUGUGUUGUUAUUGGGAAAGCAUCCUCCUGAUUUCAUUUGAGACCUUGGUAUGCGCUAAGGGCUUUGCAGAACAUAUACUCAAAUUGGACAGUCUCUGUUCGCAACGUGGGAACUUGGUACUCAAAUGUCUCUGAAUUGCAGUUAAGGAUCUUGGAAGAAGACUAAAUGAGCUUUAGUGCCAAUAGAAUUUUGCCAAUAUUCACACCAUUGUGACUUU